CUAUGAAAGAGCUGAACCGUUUCACUCAGCCGAUCUACGGUUUACUCCAGUGUGUCAGGCAAACAGCCGAUAUAAUCGUAUUGCAGGCGGUAGCUGAUCAGACGUGCUGCACAAGUCCAGUUCGCUCAUGCUAAAUAGCGGUCAACUCAACCGGGGCCAGUCAGCGGUUCACUCACGGUAGCUGAAGGAGGGUCUGCGUGCCGGACUCGGUGCUCAUUCUCCCCGGUGAAGCCAUCGUGAUAGGCGGAGAUUCGGAGCCGACCCACCGUGUACAAGUCACCGAUUCGAGCAUGAACAUUCAGUUGUCUUGUUAGCGUCUUAAGCUAACACAAGUUUUCUGACAAGUACACAGAACAUCUACCAGGAGUUCAACUUGUGUUUUUUUUAUUCUGUUUUUUUUUUGUGGCUUUUUUCCCCUCCACUCUUCUGUGAGUAAAGUGUUACUCAUCUGGAAGGUGAUUUUUUUUUACUUCUGGAUACUCUUGGAAUAUACCACGUGUAGCUAAUUAUAGUGGUUAACAGAGACAACAAUUUACAGUUGCGGCGUGUUUUCGGAUACUGCCGAGGCGUGGAGUGCCAGAAAUAGAAGCCUUUAGUCAUUGUGUACCCGGUUGUCUCCGGGGAUGCGGUUUGUGCCAAAUGAUGAAUACAUGAACAAACUGGAAACGGUGGUAUUCCAGAACUUACAGGCAUCAAAAGAAAAGCAUUAAGUUUCCGAUUCUUCGGAUAGAAACUGCCAGAGAUAUGGCGGCGACCAAAGUGGCAAAAGUUAAGAGUCUAGCCGGGUCAGACUCGAGCAGCUCAGGAAGCCUUAGUCCACGAAGGAGCCCUACGAAGGAACUUACCGCUCUGUCUGCCACACCAAAUAAUGCCGAGGCGGAUGAGGCAUCGGGUGAUGAGAAAAAUUUCAAACUCGACGAUUUCCACUUCUUGUCAACUAUAGGGACAGGGACGUUUGGUCGGGUGGUACUGGUGCGUCAGAAAGAGAAGCGUAGUUAUUAUGCGCUAAAGAUCAUGAACAUUACGACUGUGCUAAAACUAAAACAGGUGGACCAUGUGAAGAAUGAGAAAGAAGUCCUGUGUGCCAUUAGUCAUCCUUUUAUAGUCAACAUGUACUGGUCACAUCACGAUGAGAAAUUCUUGUAUAUGCUCCUGGAGUUUGUACCUGGUGGAGAAUUAUUUUCUUUGUUACGGAAUAUCGGACGAUUCACAACAAACACAGCCAAUUUCUACGCCUGUGAGAUUGUGUGUGGCCUGGAUUAUUUGCAUUCCCAAAAAAUAGUGUACAGAGACUUAAAGCCUGAGAAUUUAUUAUUAGACAGAGACGGACAUUUGAAAAUUACAGAUUUUGGAUUUGCUAAGAAAUUGGUGGACAGAACAUGGACGUUGUGUGGCACGCCAGAAUACCUAGCUCCUGAAGUCAUAAUGAGCAAGGGACAUAACAAGGCAGUAGAUUGGUGGGCACUAGGGAUACUCAUCUUUGAAAUGUUGGUGGGAUAUCCACCAUUUUUUGAUGAAAAUCCAUUUGGCAUAUAUCAGAAAAUUCUAUCGGGGAAAAUAGAGUUCCCAAGGCAUUUGGAUUCUGUGGCAAAGGACCUUAUUCGUAAAUUAUUGCACCAAGACAGAACAAGACGAUUGGGAUGCAUGAAGCUUGGUGGUGAAGAUGUGAAGAGACAUCGGUGGUUUAGAGGAAUAAACUGGGACGAUGUCUUAGCAAGGAAACUUGAGGCACCGAACAUUCCAAAACUUCUCCAUGAUGGGGACACAAAAAACUUUGAUGAAUAUCCCGAAGACGAUUGGAGGGUUGCCGAACCAGCAGCCAAAGAACACCAAGAGCUCUUUAGCACUUUCUAAACUGGAAUUUGGAAGGGGGAAUUUCUUUGCUUGGUGUGUUGUUGAUACCGUUCUGGAAAGAUAGCCUGUAUACAAUUUCCGAAUGUUGUCUUCCUUGUCCAAAGUUUUUGCCGGGUUUGGAUCAACUUGAGAUGGACAGCUUUUCGAUGGGUUGCAGUUUGACAGGCGUUGUGUGCUAGUUAUUUUAUGGGAGACAACUCUUCAGGUUAUGUGUUGAUUCCGGGGGUGACCUCCCUUUAGAUGGCUGGGAAAAAGGCUAGACGUGGAGUAACCUGUGAAGAGUUGAAGUCGAGCGUUAACAGAGAUGUGGAAGUCAGCGUGUUUGAAUGUUGUUGUUUUUUUAGCAAAAAUACUAAAAUUAAAAUUAUGAAGUCAGAACAUGUACUUAAUUCAUGGAACUGUUCUUCUCAGAUAUAAAAGCAAAACUUAACUUAUUAAAAUGAAAUCUAGGUGAGUUAAACUGUAGAUUGAACUGAACGUCUGCAAACUAUAUGUAUGUCUCUAGAUUUAAAUUUUGUGUUUCGUUUCCAGUGCUGCGUUUUGUGAUAUUGAUAUUGGUAGUAGAUUAAUUGUAAGCUUAUAAAGACAGACAAGUGUUAGUGUGUCACAUAAGUAUAAGCCGAGGACCUCUCGGUGUGGCUGGUAAAGCACAUGAUGGCAGUGGUCUGCUUACAAGCCAGGUAAAGUGCAUCGUUGCUUUAUGAAGUAUGGUCAAAAAUACUUGAAUACUGUAAAAAAAGUGGCAUAUUGACGAAGAUAAGUUUUACUCUGAUCUCGUCUAAUACGUCUGUAUUAAAAGGCACCAUUCUAAUAUACAAAUUAAAUGCAUAACUAGUUUAUUUUGAUGCUGCAAGUCCAUAUUCUUCAGGUUUUAAUGAGAUUACGACAUUUUUUAAUAUUACAUUGCGGUGUACAAGCACCACUAGUUAGUUUUGAAAAUGGCGAAAAUAUGUUGAUCUCAGGUAGCUAUCAAACACUUUUUUUUGCCAAAAUUAUUGUUAACGUGACCAUGGCCGUGGUAAUACGUUUUUUGAUGGUUGAAGUCCACAACAGUCAAAAUGCAUCAGCAAUAUAUUUAAGAGCAUUCACUGCAAGUCCUGAAAUGAAAUACACAAAGUUUGAAUGUGUGACGUGGGACUCGAAGUGUGUAUAUAUAAGGCGCCACCAACCAAUGGUGACAUCUUGCAUUACAAGGCCCAAGGAGUUAAUUACUAAGCUUGUCCACUGGGGCUACUUGUGUUGGAAAAUUCAUUUGAUUCGGCCAGAUUUAUACUUUCGUGAAUUUCUGAACGAUCUUUUCUGUGUCGUGCUGUGGGUUUGGAAGAAAUCGUCAAGAGAAAAGAUGACAUGUGAAAGGCAGAUUCACCCGAAAACUUCAGGCCACAUGCAAGCAUAUACCUUUAGUCCGUACCCAAUGUAAUUUGGAGUAACAGAAUCCAUUAGUAAUGCUGAGAGAAACAGUCAAUAUGUUCGAUCAUUUUUAUAUCAGCUUGAAACAAUUUUCUCCAGCAACCUACGGAUGGUCGAGGGUUUCCCCGGGGCUUUACCCGGCUUCCUCUCACCAUAACGCUGGCCACCGUCGUAUAAGUGAAAGAAUCUUGAGUACGGCGUUAAACUCCAAUCAAAUAAAAUGAAAUGAAACAAUUUUCAUGAAGAUUUAAACGGACUUUGGUUAUUGGUUCUUGUUGACCUGAUCACCAAUUCCAGUUUCUACACCACCGGUUGAAUCAAACCUCAUUGACUCAUGUAAUUUGAAUUUUGACCUAGGAAUUUGUUUCAAGUACUCGGCUGCAAGUUUAAGUCAACAAACUGGUCAGGGGACAUAGCGAAUGGCGAUAUUUAUUUUACUCGGGCUUAAUCAACUCCAUAAACUUGACUUCCGUCGUCCCAGUGAAAAAUUCAUGAGUAUGGAGUUAAAAAUAUAUAACAUUCAUGCCAGGAUAAUCACGUCCACCAAAAAAAAACUGUAAUAAUUGCACCAAAAUUUACAGCUCAGAGGGAAUUUUCAACAAACAUAUCCAUGUACAACAUGUGCAACAAAGCCAUUAAAAUGAAAUGCUGAAUUGAUGCAUAGAACUCUUAUCAUGUGUGUCCAUAUCUAUAGUUAAAUUAUACCUUGGUUG